GGGCAGACCACAUGUUCUCCGCGCCAACCGCCCACCACCACUCGAUAUAUACACUACACUCACUGACGUCGAUUUCGAUCGGCCCCGAUCACUUGCGGCCACUUCCAUGCAUCGGAACAUUGUGUGUCGCGCUCCGCCAAAUGAUCCGUGGUGACACGAGGGCGCGAGAAUCUCCCGCACCGACCGACCGUCGUUCAUCGUUCCCUCCGAAGAUGGACUGACGAACGGACUGGUCUGGUCUGAUAAACCCAUCGAACCGCCUGGUUUUAAAAACGGCCAUCAUGGCGUCAGCCUCCGGAGUGGCCGGGUAGACCGAACAGAGGCGAAAGAAUCAAUCAAUCAUUCAUCAUGCCGCUGAAACUGCUCUGCCUGCACGGCUGGGGCACCAAUGUCAAGAUCCUACAGUCCCAACUGGGCGGGCUGAUGGCGGACCUGCGGCGGGACAACACGGCGACAUUCCACUUCGUGGAAGGGGAGGUGGAAUCGGCGCCGGGCCCGGGGAUCGCGGGCUACUUCGAGGGGCCCUACUACAGCUACCACCGCUUCCCGCGGGCGUUGUCGGAUGGGGACGGGGACAGGGACAGGGACAGGGAUGGCGCCGACGAGGCCUCGCUGCAGGAGGCGUACGACUGGCUGUACGAGGUCGUCGCCGAGGACGGGCCCUUCGACGGCAUCCUGGGCUUCUCGCACGGCGGCACUCUGGCGGCCGGCUUCCUCAUCCACCACGCCAAAACCGCCCCGCGCGCAGAGCCGCUGUUCCGCUGCGCCAUCUUCAUCAACUCCCUCCCCCCCUUCCGCAUGGAUCCCGGCGGUGCCCCCGUCGUCGACCCCGACCUCGACGGCUAUAUCACCAUCCCGACCGUGACCAUCGCCGGCGGACAGGAUCCGCUGCUCGAGUUCUCCAUCAUCCUGUACCGGCUGUGCGAUCCCGCCACGGCCACCUGUGUGGUGCACAGUCGCGGCCAUGACAUCCCCAGCGACCGGAAGAACCUGGCCGCCAUGACGCUGGCCAUCCGGAAACUAGCCAUCCAAGCCUUGACGAUUGGGUGAUCUGUCUCCGCUGCAUAUAUACUCUCUGUACGUAUAUAGUAGUUAUAGUUCCGAGUAGCCCUGGUAGCGUCGGGGGUUUUUUUUUUUUUUUUUUCGCGUCGUACAACGCGCUGCAGCUGAGGCGGC